AUGAGACGUAUCUUCUUAUGGCGAGCACGCAGAAUGACAUGGAGGAUUGGGUCAAGUCCAUCCGCAGGGUUAUAUGGGCACCGUUUGGAGGAGGUGAGUCAGUGAGUGAACAUGCAAGGCUCUCGGCUGCACAAAGCAAUGUAGGAGGCAUUUUGUUCUCUCUCAGUCACAGGCAAAGUUGGAAGAAAAGAAUGGUAUCUUAAAAAAAAAAAAAAAAAAAAAAAAAAAAAAGUGGAACAAGCCCAUUGGUUUAACUUACAGUGCAUCUAUCAGGCAUUCUCCUGUGCAGAGGGCUCUGCUGAAAUGCCAGAGCUGCUGCUACUCUUGGUAGGGAUGGCAUGUUACCAGUAUGAGAGGGAUGUUGUCACAGAAAAUGGGCCUAUGAAAUCAGAUCUUCUCUGGGAGAACUAGGGCAGUUCUUUUAGUCACCAGGUAGAAGACCACCCAUGUUUUUCACAAAUGCUUGUUAUGAGAAUUUGUCAGUGAUUCUGUUGCCAGAGACAGCUAAGGCCAAUGACAAUUGUCCAGGCUUGUGGCCCCCAGCAGUAGAAAGGGUGAAACUGUUGGAUUGGGCACAGAGGAGAGUCAUGAGGAUGCUCAGAGGGCUGGAACAUCUUUCCUGUGGAGAAAAGUUGAAUCAGAUGGGCUUGUUCAACCUGGAGAAGAGAGUGCUAUGAGGAGACCUCAUUGCAGCCUUCCAGUACUUGAUGGGAGCUUAUAAGCAGGAGGAGGACUGACUUUUUACAGUCUGAUAGUGAUAAGAUAAAGGGAGACAUCUUUAAACUAAAAGCAGGUAAAUUUAGGCUAGUUGUCUAGGGGAAUUUUUUACUCAAAAGGUCCUGGCACUGCUGUCUAGAGAAGCUGUAGAUGCCCCAUCCCUGGAGACACUCAAGACCAGGUUGGAUGGGGUCCUGGGCAACCUGAGCUGGUGUGAGCAACCAGCCCACAGCAGGGGGUUGCGGUCAGGUGAGCUUCAGGAUCCCUUUUAACCCAACCAUUCUAUGGUUCUACAGUAGCCAAACAGCAGCAUACACUACUGCUAUGAUAUAAACUUGUCGGUACCUAACAGAAGUGCAUUUUUCAUAGAGGGAAGCUAACUACACGUUGUAUGCGGCUUCCACUUGCAUAAAACUGCUCUGUGACACACAGUGGGCCAAGGCAGCCCUGCAGCACUGAGUGGAGAGGUGGGGAGCUGAAAUCUGGUGAAUCUGCACAUAGAGGCUGUGACAAAGCUACAAAUAGAAACCAAAUCUCCCGAGUCCUGACUCCAUGCUUUCUUCAUCAGCCCCUCAUUUGCUUUUAUAGGGCAAGAGCUAUUUCUGGUUUGCAGCUGGGAAUCUUUCCAGCCACCAUGGAAACUCAUAGGACACCCUCAUUGUCAUAGGCGCGUGUAAUGCCAAUUACCCAGUGAAGUACCUGACUGAGAUAUUUGCACACUGAUCUUCAUAAAGAAAGGGAAGACUGCAAUCCUUAAAUUACUAUUUAAGGUCAUUUGUAGUUAACAUGCUUUCCAAAAUGUUCUUUGUUUUUCCCUACGGGACAUGUUGAGCAUAUCUGUGAUUUCAGAACUAAGUGGACUGGGAAGUAAACAGUUAACUCCUGGAAAACGUGAGAAUAGAUGGAAAAUGAUUUUGGGUUUAAUGCUUGUGGAGAAUGUCUGGCUGUCAUUUCAUGGAAAAAGCAGUGUCACGGGAGCUGUCACCGCUAGAUCUGUGCAGUAGGAUGUCUCCCAUUUCAUUAAUCAUUGCUUAUUUGAUAUUGUAAGAUAUCUUAAGUCAUAACAAGCCCUAUUAAUUGUUAUGUGUGAGUGGACAUGCUGAUAUUUUGAUUAUUCCUACCUACAUGGUCAUGCCUGUAACAGUCUGACCUUGUUAUGGAAGGGUUCCUCUGGCUUCAGGUGUUUAGGAGCCGGUCCACCAACAAAUACAUAAAAUUAUUUCAGACAGUAAAUUAAUCAAAAUAGUUCUGUAGCUGUUGCCUAAAUUUCAGCAAUUGUGGCAAAGCAUGGUAGUCUGCUGUCAUACAAGUCAAGUGCCACUUUCACCUGCAAUGUACUUGAAUUUCCUGGUUCUUUUAAGUGCUGAAAGCAAAUUGUGUAUGUGUUCCAUGUGUAUUUGUGAGCUGUGCUGAGUCCUCAGUACUUAAAGCAGUGGGAAAGGACUCCUAGUAUCGGAGCAAGGAUUGCUGUAGAUGAUUAACUGUAUCAUUACAAUGUUAUUUGUUAACCUGUGCUAGAAGGGAGGAACGAGCGGAGGGAGGUAGGAGUCUACUAAGGUGUUCAGAAACAGCCUGUUGGUUUUUUUAUUUUAUUUAUUUACUUGUUUAUUUUUUAUUGAAGAGCACUGGGGGACUAUGGAAAAAAUUCUGACGGGGAAAAGCAAUGUAAAUGAGGCAGGGCAUGCAAUGCCUGUUUGCACUUGAAAUUCCUCUCCUGAUUAGACGUAGAAAGGCAAUUUUUGCAGAAGGGAAAGGCCUGAGCUUGAGCUGCAGAGCCUGCAGCCACGGGGGAGGGAGGAGGCAAGGAGCGCAGCGCUCGGGUCUGGCAGCUCCUGCGGAGCCAGGGCGCAGACUGCUGCUGCCUCGAGUCAGCCCAAAGUCAUCUGGCAGAGCAGGGAGCUGCGCUGCAGCACAGCCCUCCUCCCUGCACCUGCUGCACGCAGCGGCACUGGCUGCCAUCGCCCGGCGUGGGAGCAGGAGGCAGAGUGGAGCAUCCCCGCGUGUUAGCACGUCUUCCUCACAGCAGCACGGGGUCUUGCUGGCAAGGAUGUACUCAUGCUGCAUCUGACGUCCUUCUCCCACGAGAGCUCCUGGUGGUUCGAAGGCGAGCGAGUGAGGAGCCCACGCCGACGUCAGGGAUAUAAAAGGUGCUUGGAGAGGAAUCCGUGAUGGACAGAGAGCCUUUAAGGCGAAGGGGCCACUAUUUCUGCUCCUCAGCUGCAGGGCUUAUAGGAGCCAGCAAGGAGCAUCACAUCCCAGAGGACCCUUCAGUGGCCUUUCGGGUAUUAUUCUCCCCUUUCUCCUUCCACACUGCAGAGCACUGACCUUGUCCUGUGAAUCUGGAGUCUCUGCCUCCCGUUCUGGCUAGGUGGAAGGAGACUUUCUGCAUCUCUCUGCCGGCACUUCAGUCUGAAUGGAAGAUAUAUCUUUCUGCUGAAACUCUUUUGUUGUGACAUUGUAUAAGAGACAGUUGUCUCACCGCAGGAAAUAAACGAAAGGAAACAGAGAGACGGAAGGAAAUUGUUCCCCCAAGCAAAAUUAAAGCGGGGAAGAGAACAUUAAAAUUACUUCAAGCUCUCUCUGGUAGUGAGAAGACUGUUCAUCUCUUGCUCCAGAGGAAAAUAUACUGCUUCAAAACUCCUCAGCAGUCAGUGAGGAUGAGCAGUCGCGCUGUUUCUGGAUGCAGCUGCUAAAGGAGAUCUCUGCAGGGCCGUGGGGCUCCGGCCUGUAUGAUGCCUGAAGACAGAAAUGCCGGAGUCCGCAGUCCUGGUGCCUUAGCAGCACCUCCUUUCCUCCCUAAAACUACUUACAGGAAAAUUAAGCGAUGCUUUAGUUUCCGUAAAGGUAUUUUUGGCCAGAAGCUAGAAGACACUGUGCGAUAUGAGAAGCGCUAUGGGAACCGCCUGGCUCCCAUGCUGGUGGAGCAGUGCGUGGAUUUCAUCCGACAGCGGGGGCUGAAGGAAGAAGGCCUCUUCCGACUGCCUGGGCAGGCUAAUCUUGUCAAGGAGCUGCAGGAUGCAUUUGACUGUGGAGAGAAGCCUUCUUUUGACAGCAAUACAGAUGUGCACACGGUGGCAUCACUGCUGAAGCUGUACCUAAGGGAACUCCCAGAGCCAGUCAUACCGUAUGCAAAAUAUGAAGAUUUUCUUUCCUGUGCCAAAAUGCUCAGCAAGGAAGAAGAAAUGGGCCUGAUAGAAUUAGUGAAGCAAGUGAAGAGCCUGCCGGCUGUCAAUUACAAUCUGCUGAAAUACAUCUGUAGAUUCCUGGAUGAAGUCCAGUCUUAUUCAGGCAUAAACAAAAUGAGCGUGCAAAAUCUGGCUACUGUUUUUGGCCCCAAUAUCCUCCGCCCUAAAGUGGAAGAUCCUUUGACUAUCAUGGAGGGUACGGUAGUAGUCCAGCAGUUAAUGUCAGUGAUGAUAAGCAAACACGAAGAGCUGUUUCCCAAGGAUGCAGACCCUGAUGUGGGACCCGAGGUGUGCAACAAUAACAAUGAAAUGCCAAAGAAAGCAAUCGUUGGACAGCUACAAAACAAAGAGAACAACAACACAAAGGAGACAGCAGUGAGGCGCUGCUCUUGGGAUAAACCUGAGUCUCCCCAAAGGGGAAGCAUGGACAAUGAGUCUCCAACUGCGCUGCCAGGCAGCAAGACCAAUAGCCCUAGAAACAGUAUCCAGAAAUUAGAUGUCACCAGAAGCCCACCACUCAUGGUAAAAAAAAAUCCUGCUUUUAAUAAAGGCAGUGGCAUAGUCACCAAUGGGUCGUUCAGCAGCUCUGUGGAGAGCCAUGAGAAGAGCCAGACCUUACCAAACUGUACCCUGCAAGCCAGGAGAACAUCCUCCCUGAAAGGACCGGUGACUAAGAUGGGCACACAAAGCAUGCAGAAUGGAGGCGUGAGGAUGGGAGUUUCUAGCACCGAUGGGCUCACCAACACCCUCAACAACCGGAGCCCAGGCUGGGCACCCAAUGGCUGUGUCACUCUGAGGGACAACAAGCAGAAGGAAUCAGUGAGUGAGUCGGGUCAGCACAACAGGCUCUCCACCUAUGACAAUGUCCACCAGCAGUUCUCCACAGUGAACUCUGAUGACAAACAGAGUGUGGACAGUGCUACCUGGUCAACGUCCUCCUGUGAAAUAUCCCUCCCUGAGCACUCCAACUCCUGUCGUUCGUCCACCACCACCUGCCCUGAGCAGGACUUCUUUGCGGGUAACUUUGAAGACUCUGUGCUGGAUGGACCACCACAGGAAGACCUCUCUAACACUGGUGACUAUGAGAACAGAAGUGACCGAAGGAGUGUAGGGGGCCACAGCAGCAGAGCCACCAGCAGCAGUGAUAACAGUGAAACGUUCGUUGCCAACAGUACUAAUAAUCAUAGCGCUCUGCACAGCCUGGUGUCCAGCUUGAAGCAAGAGAUGGCCAAACAAAAAGUCGAGUAUGAGACAAGGAUAAAAAGCUUGGAACAGAGAAAUCUCACCCUGGAGACAGAGAUGAUAGCCCUGCAUGAAGAGCUGGAUCAAGAGCGGAAGAAGUUCACAAUGGUGGAAAUCAAAAUGCGUAAUGCAGAACGAGCCAAAGAGGAUGCAGAGAAGAGGAACGACAUGCUGCAGAAGGAAAUGGAGCAGUUUUUCUCUACUUUUGGAGAACUGACAGUGGAGCCUCGCCGACCAGAAAGGGGCAACACCAUCUGGAUCCAGUGAGCAUUGGAGGCUUUGACUGUGGGACGCUGGGAAAGGGCUUAGGGGUAUUAUACUGCGUCAGGUGGCUGGUCACCUGUCUGUCUGAGGCUAGCACUCAACAUAACGUUAUAGACUCUUGAAGGAAGAAAUCAUACAUGUUAACCACUCAUAUCUACAGUGUGUACUUAUCAAGUCAUACUCUUUGGAUGCUUCAUGAGACUACUGUCAAGUGUUACAACUGGAUAUGUGUAUAUAAAUUUAAAAAAAAAAAAAACACAAACAUCUUAGAGAGUGAGAGAUGUAUCUCAAGAAAUAUUUUAAUUCAAGUCUUGUAUUUAAACUGGUAAAUUGAAAUGUUGUUGCAAUCAAGCUUUAUAUCAAGGCUUUUCUCCCUUGCACUUAACAUAAGCUAUUUUUGACAUUGUGUUACCAUCAGCUUAUUUUGUAUAUCAAAUGUUUUUUUUGUUUUGUUUUGUUCCUCCCUCUUGCUGGGGAGUGAAGAUAAACAGAUACAUAAAGGUACAUGUGCCAAUGGUUAGCACUAGUCUGCGUCGCUUUUGAAAAAGAGAGCUGGAUGAGAAGGAGCAGCAUGCUGGGGAUGGCAAAUGGGGCACUAAUUUAAAAGAACUAAUGACCUGACUAGAAAUUACCAGAGUUCUCGUAUCAAAUACCCUACAAGGAUAUCACCAACAUUGAGCAGUUAGUAUUCAAAGGACAGAGAGGUGCCUGUUUGAGAGGAAAUGUAAUGGUAAAGAGUAAGAAGUGGGAGAAGGGGCAACUCAAAGAGAAGUUGAUCGAUAGAGCCAUAGCUGUUUGGGGUACUCUAGCACAUCCUUGUGGUUACUGCAGCUCAGAACAGGGUUAUAAACCGUGCUCUGACCACUGUUAUGAAUGAAUUACCUCAGUACCACAGGAGAAUGGAGUCCUUUCUGUAAGUCUGGCAAAGGGACACAGAGGAACACACUGUACAUCUUGACUGCCUUAGCAGUGUGAUGGGUGCUAAGCAAAACAAAACAAAACACAGACCUGCAGAACUGAUGAGCAGAGAAGAAAUUAGCAAGGCAACUGUAUUACAAGCUGCAAAUAAGGAAGAACACAUUAACCACCCAUAUUUACAGUGCAUAUUGACCAGCUAAGCUUUCUGAGUUGAGAGUUCUGUGAAGUGGAAACUCUCAGGAUCAUAACAUCAUCAAGGGAACAGCCAGAGGAACUGCCUGCAGGGUGCCAACAAAAAGCAGCCAAGCUGCGCAGUGAAAGGCCAGCCUGUUGGGAAAUGUAUGCAUAGUAGGUGUAACUGAUGUUUCCUAUACCAUCCCCAAGAUCUUUUUUGUUUUUAUCUUUGUGUUUAAGACUGUGAGUUGCAUCUUCAAGGGUGUUAAGACAUCUUGGCUUCCCUCUACUGUCACUCAAAUGUAUUGCAAUUAUCGCUGACCCCCAAUUGAGAUGUAAGAAUGUAGCCUCAAAGAGGUGCUCUCUGCAGCAUGUACAUUAGAUAAAUACUAAUUAGAUGUGGUAAAUAUACAGGGAAACAAAUAUGAGGUUUACAUUUCAGGAAAAUAACAACUUAGAGUGGAGCAUUACACAUGGUGUUCGUGGAACAAUUAUUUGUGUUAUCUUGGGUUCAGAGACCCAAGUUAGGACGGUAAUUACUGUAAACAUGUCUAGUGUACAUCCAGUCUGGAUGCAAAUGAGAAAAAGUAAGACAGAAAUCAAGGUAAUAGGAAGUGGAAUGUUUUGUGUUGGCUAGCCACAAUCACAAAUGUUGGCGCAAAUGGUGAGAGAAGGAAAUUGUUUACUGUGUUAAUUCUGAUUUUUAAAUUGAGUGAGAAAGACCGUGGUAUCUGAUGUGGGCCUCACAGUCAGCUCAGGCUCCUGUUUAGCCCUGCUCAUUUUGAUGCUGGUUCCUGGAUAAAUUUGAAACCUUUCUUACUGCUGCUGUGAUCUACUCCUGUACUCUAUUUCUUAGUAUUCCUAUCACUCAGCUCAUGCCAUGCUUAUCUGUUUCUUGGAGCUGAACCUGCACGGAGCUUUUUUUUUGGGCUAAGCUGUCUUGUGGUUGAGGACCCUGUAUUGGUUCAAUAAAAUAUCAGACAAGUUCACUGCAGCUAUGCCAUUUAAAAUCAACUCAAUCUGUGCUGAACCAUAUUCUUCCAAGUAUCUUUGAAUGACUUUUGGAAACUUGUGUUAGGCAGAAUCUGUUUUUGUCCAGGUUUGAAGCUUGUCUUCACCUUUGGAAAGAUAUUCCAGUAACUGUUGUUCCUCAAGAAAUUUUCUGUUUCCAGCUAUGUGGCUAAGUGCUGGUGUCUUUCAUUUCUUGCAAUGUAGUCCAGGACAUCAAAGCUUCACUUCAUUCUCUGUGCAGAAAUUAUCUAGGCAGACUAGGAAAAUUAAGCAGGCACAGUGAACAUGGAAAAUAUUACCAAUAACAUUUGUGUAAUUGAUCCACAAUGCCAUCAAUUCAUGAUCAAUUCAUAGCAUCACACCUUUCUCCUUCGUGUGAAGCUUCAUUAGCAUUUUGGCUGUUGUGAGGAAGUUGAUUUGUAUCUUUAACAUUCAUCAUGAUGCUCCUAUUAUCGUCCUGCUGCUUCAGAUCAAAAGCACACAUUUCAGAACUGUUUCUUACAUUGAGAAGCAAGGAACACAGUACUUUUCUUCCAACAUUUGACAUGAGUUGACAUGGUUGGCAGAAGCAGUGCUGGGAGAGCGUGAUAAUGGAUGUAGGUGGCCAAAGGACAUGCAGUGGAGUGGAAGCAAGGCAUUCAGAGGACUGAGGUCAAAGGUUUUAGAGCACAAAGGCUCUAAAAACAACCACAGUAAUUUCAUACAGAGUACUUGUUGACUGGUGGUUAUCAUACAGAAGCAAUUCUUCCAGGAAAAUUGGUAUCAAGGUACUGAGUGAAACUGAGGCUUCAGCCAAGAUAAUCCAUUUUGUCAUCUGCCUGUAACAGAAUGAGUCAUGUUCUAAGGCCAAGCUGACAGUGUUACCUGACAUGAGAGUGCACUCAGAUUUUCAGCUAUCAGUUAUGAGAUGGUAUAAUGGUCAUUUGCUCUCACCUCUGUCUUGCUGUAUUUCUGUGCACUUCCCAUAUUAAUAAUCUGUUUGUGGGAGUUCAGUAUUCAGCUCCAAGCUGGGAGUGCAGCAAGCAGUUCAGCCUGUCUAGCCCAGUGCCACUCUUUGUCUCUCCUUCACUGUGCAAUAGGCAAUGCUUUUACAGUUCAUCAGCACAGGCUGCAGAAAAAAUUCCUCCUAUGAGCUAAUGACCUUCUGCUCCAAUCAUAGGGGAUGACUGCAUUACAUUACAUUCAUUAGUGUAAGUUCAGAGCAGUACAGACAUAAAAGCAGGCUACCAGAAUGCUUCAAUCAAUGGGCAUAGUAAGAGACAGAACCAGGUUGGUGCUGUAAUCUCAUCUCCAGCCCCCACCAGAAAACAGCAGCGGGUGAUGUUGCCCUACACAAGUUUGCUGAAUGAACCAGAUUGGUAGCAGAUGCUCACAGUACCUUAUAAAUGCUGGAUUCUCUUGUGCUCAGAAUGGCUUCUGCCUUCCUUUCUGUUUGUAAGAAUCCCUUUUUGGAGUGUGCUCUGGCAUAGCAGGAUAAUUAAGCUUAAUUUUCUUCUUGGCUAAACGUUUUUUUCAAUGUCUCAGAGAGAGUUUUUUGCAAAUAUUAAAAUUAAUGCAUAAAAGAUUUUCUGUUAAAUGAUAUGCAAAGCAGGUAUUUUAGGUUUUCAUAAGAAUGUAGAGGAGAGGAACUUCAUGAGAUUAUUGCUGAAAGGUCUGUGAACAGUAUUUUAUCCAGUAGCGAAGUCUACAGUAGUUGAGAAAUAUCCAACUUGCUAGAAAGAAUGAAUAUUUUCUGGGCUGUGUAUAUGUGGGGGGGAAGGUGGGAGAAAAGAUAAGAGCACAGGCACUUCUGAUGUGGACGUGUAAAAAUGUAGUAAACAGGAGAGAGGAGAACAAGGGAGCAAAUAGACAUGAAAUUGCUGUGUGUAGGCAAUAGACAUGUGCCCUCGGUUAAUAGCAUUUCUUCUGAAAGCUCAUCUCUACAGAAAGGUUACCAAAGUUAACGUUGCACUGUUUUUUUCUGAGUUUUUUUUGGCUCUAAAUUACUUUCUGUGCAGACACCACUAGCCAGACUGUUUCACAGACCGCCCUCCUGACUGCUGGCAGCCCCCCAUGCUAACGCUGAGGGUUGAUGAGGAGAACUAUGUAGCAGAGCAGGUGCCUGCAAAGCAGGGAGCCUCAGGAGGUCAGGGCAGCACAGCUCUGGGGGCUGCUAAUGGCUCCCAGACCAUCCUUCAGCAUCUCCAGACCAGCAAUUCUCAGCAAAUAAAAUUAUAUGCAGCAGAUGCCUUGUUGAUGCCAACUGCCAUGAUUCUACAGAGGCUUGGGAAGUGAUGACAGCAGCAAAGGUCAUGUUCCUACUUGGCUUUUAGGUGCUGUUAUAAUGCAUGUAUUCGCUGCUAGUGAUGGUAGUCUAUCUAGUUCUGCCAAAAUGCUUGUCAGCACCAAACAAGUAGCAUGUCAAUAAUAGUAGAGUGCAGAAAAUUUGAAGCCAGAAAAAUGAGUGUGAUGCAAAUCUGUUUCCCUUUUUUUUCCUCCAAGGAAUGCAGGAUAAUGAAUUUUGCCUGCAAUACAACUUCAUUUAUGAAUCUCCUGAAUGUGAGAAUGGAAAAUCCUCUCUGCUUCUGUAUUCUUCUCUUCAUGCUAAAGAGGUUUAAAAUGAUUUAUAUUCAGCAGGACUUUACUGGAUUUGAAUCUGUGAUGUUAGAAUACUAUUAUGAGCAUGGCUAUAAUUCCUAACUGUAAGGCAAGCAGGAAGGGACUUGGCUUGAGACCAAAUGGGUAUCUCUGAGCAGCAGUAUUUCCUGUUGUUCAGAUACAGAUGGCACUCUUUGUUUUCUGGUCAUAGCCGUUAACUGUAACAAUUAGAUAAAUUUAUGGCUUUAUUUUUUGUUCCCCUCUUUUGUUAGGGUCAGAUUGCUGAAUCGUAAUCUAUAGUUCAGUUCAGUAGAAAUAAUGGCUACUGUUGUUCAAAGCAGUGUUUGCAAAUGAGUUUUGCAUACUUCAUAGCAAAAAGUGCUCUCUCAGUGCUCUGUCUCAGCACUGCUAUGAUUGAUUCUGUUAUUAUAUCAGACAUGUCAGUGGAUGGUAGUUUUAACAGCACCUUCUUUAUACUGGGCUGAACUACAGCACCUUGGUUUUGGCAAAAUGGGAGGAUUGUUGGAGUGAGAUUUAAAGAUCCUUAUGGUUCCCUUCCAACUCAUUAUGUGAUUGUAUGAUGUGGUGCUACCUCUUCCUGUAGCCACUUUUAACCCAGACUCAGCACUGUGGUGAGGUUUUACUUAAUUCAUUCUUGCAAAUGUGCAUUUUGUGUUAUACCCAGAGCUCACUUGGGAAGGUGUGUGAAACAGCUUCAGAUUCAUACCUGUCUGGUUCCCAUGUGUAGACAUGCCCUAAUAGUACAUGUGGGUAAUGAAGGAGGUAUUUGUAUAAUUUAGUAUUAAUAGUGAAUAUAUCGCAGUUGACUUAAUUGGUAUUUGUCUGUCUGGCUGAAGGGACUUACAUCAAGGGAAGAUAUAAUGGAAAGUGAGCAGGGUAUGAACCAUGACAAAAAUGAAGCAUCUCUGGAGGCAAUUCCACAGGCCAUAAGGAGAACAGUUCAUAAACUACUCAUUCCUCUGUUCCUGUGCUGCCAGCCAAUACUCGAGAUCAAAAGCACACUCAGUAGCAUAAACCUUGCCUGAUGAGGAACGAGGUGGAGCACUGCUAUGGGACUGAGGCAGGGGGACGUACUGAGCAAAGAUGGACAGCUGUCUAUGCAGGGAGCCAGCAGGAGUCUGCUGCAGCAGGGCCUACUGUUUUGGUGCAGACUGCCAAUUCCUGCUAUUCCAGCUAUUCCUUCUAGUUCCACUCAGACAAGAUGAAGGUAGUGGUUAAGGUGGGACUGCCCUUCUCACGGAGCUGAGGGGAUAGCUGUGGGAGCCAGAAUCUGAGGCUAGCUGGUCAGGUUGGGAGGUCUAAACAUUGUUCAGGGAACAUGUAGUGGUCAUAACACUGCUCCCUGCACAGCACAACCAUGCGUAUCAUUCUUCUGGAAACUCAGCAGACAAACCAAGAGCUGUGGUUGCCCAAGCUGGCUGCACUCCUCCUGUUCUCUGUGCCAACACACACGUAACUGCAAUCAGCUGUGGGGAUGCCUCGGUCCUGGAGCUGUGCCCUGCUCCUGAGCCAGGACGGUUUACUACCUGGAGGAUCACUUUCAGGUUUGGUUUAAGGUGCUGCUGAGUUUAAACCAGCGUUCUGCAGGUAAAAAGCAAAAAGGGUUGGUCUGGCUGUUCUUCCAUGGACACAAAACUUUAGCAUGUGGGGCUUAAACAUUCUGAUGGUUGGGUCAAAGCAAUUUUCACCAUUACACUGGGGAAGUGGACUGAGAGAGGUCAAAAGAAUUUAUAUGGGAACUUUGAAAUCAGAAUCAUGUUUCUGUCUGCCAGAAAUGUUUCUAUGAUAGCUGUGGGGAGCUGAGGAGAAAUCCUCAGUUCUCGGAAGUGAAUUAUCUGAUAGAACAAGGUUUAUACACGUUCAGUCUAGGGAAACUUUCAUCUUGACUACAUGCACAUUAGAGGUAAGUGGUGACAGCAGGUGCUGUGGAUUCCCAGUGUGACAGCUUUUUGUUUCCUGACAAAUAGGCUAUGCACAAUUUUUAAGAGAAUUUAAAUUAUUUGUGUUUUACUUCUGUGUUGAGUUCUACUGUUAGGCAAAAGGCGGAAAAGAAAAAAAAAAAAAAAGAAAACUCAGCUGUGGUAUCUUUGCAUGGGCCUAGAUACGCCCUCUGUUUUGUGCAAACUUGUAAUUCCAGUGCGCUGUAAUAGAACCAUAAUGACAUGUUGAAACAUGCCUUGGGCAAGUCAUGCUUCUCAGUACGCUGGUCCUGGCUUUCAAUACUUUAAUUAAUCUAGAUGUUACUGUGAGGAGCCAAAUACACUGCAACUCACAAAUGCAAUAAAAAGUCACAGGUUGGAAGGAGAUUAACGCCCGUGUUGAUGAAUGGACAUAAAAAUAAUAGUUGCAAAUACUGAUUUCCUCCUUAGGAAUAAAAAAAAAAAAAAAAAAAAGGAAAAUAAUGGGUUGUGACCAUUAGGUAUGAAUUUUGCAUUGAUUUUGAAAUAAACUCUUCAGAAGAGGGAUACAGAGUAAGUAGGUGUGCAUUGAGCACUGAAGAACACAUCAGCAGAAUGACUUUGAUUUGGGCUGGGAAGAUGGAGUCAAACCAAGAGCAAGGUUUUGGUUGAGCAGUAAAAUUCUGCUAGUAAAAUACAGUGGGGUUUGAAAAUGAAGAGAUAAGAGGUUGAAUGGAAGCACAGGUUUCCCUAAUUUACACAGGGCCUGACUCAAUUUUCUAAGGAUUUAUUUAGGGUCCAGGGUGGACUACAACCAACAUUCCCUCACAGGGAGAAGAUUUCAGUCCGGCACCAGCAUGCAGCAUGAAAAACUGCAAGAGAACAGAAUUUCUGUCUUGUUACCUGCAAACUGAAUUUAAUUCAUUCAGCACACAACUCAUGCAGUCAACAGAUGCACACUGACAAUGUGCAUGUAAAAACAUCCAACAAACUCAAAAGAAAUAAGAUAUUAGAGAAUGGUUUACAAUAAACUUAGGUUGGAGGGCAGGAGUGAGAGCCCAGCACUGCUGUAUUGCAGAAGGCAGUGACACAACACAUGCAGAGCACUCCUCUAUCAUUUCCUAUGCAGCAGCUAUGUGCUUCUGGGAGGAAUGACUACUCAUUUCUAUUCAACAGAUGAAUGACAGUUUAAGUUCAUAAAUUGCUGAUCCUAAAUCUUUUGCUGGCUCCUCUCUUUUAAACUUUCUACCUUUUAGGCAAGACCCAGGACCAAUCCUGCCACAGUUCUUUCUGCUUGUUGUUUCAUCUCUAGAUAAGGUAGUAGAUCAUGGGGAAAUCAAGAACAGAGCUGAACAUUGUGCUCUUGGGUGUCAUGCUGGCUUUGCUAAAGACAUUAUUACAAUUACUUUCCUGAAGAUGUUUUAAUUCAUCUACCUAGAACUUGUGUAGACAUACGUGUAUUGUAAAAAAAAAAAAAAAA